AUUUAAACCUGGUUAAGAACCCAAAUUGAAUCUAUUCUAAGUUGAAUUUUGGUUUGGCGAAAAUUUUACUGGCCAGUGUGCAGGAUACAAAAACUAUACAGUAAAGUUCCAAAUAAACUAGAAUGUAGAGUUAACAGGAUCGCUGAGAUCAUGUUAAAUACUGUGGAAUUGUCGAUCUCUCAUUGACCAUAUGCUUGACAUGAACUCUUGAAAGCAUUUACAGCUCUGAUCUCAAGUGAAAGUGAAUAAGUUUAACAGAUCUUACAUAUUUCAAAAUUGACAAUCCUGUUUAAGAUACUGUUUUGCAACCGGGUAGAAUAGAAGAGGGGAAAUUUGAGUACUCUCAACUCAAUUCCAGGAUGCUAGUUUCUGAAGGAAUUGAUUGGUGUGAUACAGAUCAACAAUGUGCAGGAUUUACGUUAAAGGGCCCAUGUCUGGAAGAUAUUUUAGAAGAACUUUACUUUUUUCAUCUAAUCCUGAAUGUUGAUACUGGAUUAGGAUCUCUCAACUGGAGUUAUUAUGUUACAAAGAAACCAUAUGUUCUGUUUAACGGUAGUUUUGUGUCUACUCCACUUAAACAAGAAAAUUACAGGGGGAGUGGGAAUAGACUUGAGCAAUGCCAGGAACUAGGUCCCAAAUGUCUUGCUGUUCUUACAACUGAGGAGAACAAAAAGAUGACUUUGCUGGAAGAAUUGAACCUGGAAAAAUAUCAAUCUGAUUCUUCAAAGAGUACAUUUAUCAAACCCUACCUAAGAGGUGAUUCCUUCAGGGUACAUUAUAAGUCAGUUUAUGAUGAAUUGGAUCGAUGUUGCAGUAGCCAGGAGGAAUAUUUAUUAUGAAAACAUUAAAAAAAAAUCAAAAAUAAUUUACAAAAUUAUAUCCAUCUAUCUAUCUAUCUAUCUAUUCAUAUAUUUUUCUAUCUAUCUAUUUAAAUUUUCAUAUAGUGGUUUGCUGCAGAUGCCCCUAGUAGACACUAGGAAGGUGUAUGAUGAAGUCAAAGAUGACCUGGAUAGAUUGGAUUGUUCAGAUAAAACCCUGUUCACAACUCAAUAUAUGGUCAAGCAGAAACCAGUCAUAUUAGUAAAUUGUUCUGGUGGUUGGCUGGCUCACAAGAAAUGGACUUUUGAUUAUCUCUUUGAUUACAAGGAGGGGGAGGUGCACUGGGUCGCAACCUAUAUGAAAAAUCUAACAAUAGUGGAGGAAGAAGACAAUAAUAUAUUACCUACAGGAACUCAGCUCAGACAAAUUUAUAAGAAUGGGGGACUUAUAAGAAUAUUUGAACAGCUCAAGAAAAGAACUAAUCUAAGAUAUGAGCUGAAGCAACACAGAAAAAAGAAAGAUGAUAAAGGGAAAUUUUUUGAGGAAUACUCCCAACCCAGCGCUAUUCUACUAGAUGUGUUUAACCAAACUGGAAUAAAAACUGAUUUUCAAUGGAUGAUGGUCGCUAGUAAAAAUACAGGCACAGGUCUGCACUUGGACAUUCAUAAUCAUAUCAGAACAGCAGGAUGGAAUACUAUUAUCUUGGGUUACAAAUGGUGGGUUUUCUUUCCGGUGGAUGUCAAUCCUUCUAAACUUUUGUGCGAUCCCGGGUGCUCUCAAAAUGUUGAACACAUGUCACAAAUGUCCUGGUUCACCCAUAUCCUCCCUCAAAUUCGAACAAGAUCAUUUUAUGGAAAGAAGCUGAUUGAAGCAAUCCAGGGGCCAGAAGAAACCGUAUAUUUGCCAGGUUUCAUGGCACAUGCUGUCAUGAAUUUAGAGGAUAAUAUUGCUAUUGGAGAAAACUUGAUACUAGAGGAAAGCGUUUUUGAUUAUAUUUAUGGGGUAAUGUUGGGAGAUUAUGCAUUAAACUCUAGAUAUCGCAGGAAACAUUAGAAGAAAAAUUCUUUAACUGGUUACAAAUAUGGCCAUUGUCAAUGUUCUAUUAACUUUAAUGAAGAUAGAUGAGAUGAUAGAUUUUUAAAAUCUUGUUGAGAAAUUUUUUAAAUUGUUUGACCACCUGCAUAAUUUAAGACUGUUCGGCUAUAAGAACAUCGUUUUUUCUUUUAUAUUAUUUUAUAGAGAUUUAUUCACUCACAAAGACAAAAUACAUAUUAAAAUGGUGUAUCAGUUGAAAUUUGUUAACACAUUUCGAAUAUAUAGUUUUACUAAAGA